AGUGGGUAUCCAAGCUCUGUACCCGCAUCAAGCACUCCUGCCUUCAGGCCUGAGGAUGAGCUGGAACAUCUGACCAAGAAAAUGCUGUAUGACAUGGAGAAUCCUCCUUCUGAUGACUACUUUGGCCGCUGUGCCCGCUGUGGGGAGAAUGUUGUUGGGGAAGGCACUGGCUGCACAGCCAUGGAUCAGGUCUUCCACGUGGAGUGCUUCACCUGCAUUAUGUGCAAGAACAAGCUGAGGGGACAGCCUUUCUAUGCAGUGGAGAAGAAAGCCUACUGUGAACCCUGCUAUAUUAACACACUGGAGCAGUGCAGCGUCUGCGCCAAGCCCAUCAUGGAGCGGAUCCUGCGGGCCACGGGCAAGGCCUACCACCCGCACUGCUUCACCUGCGUCAUGUGCCACCGCAGCCUGGACGGCAUCCCCUUCACCGUGGACGCCGGCGGCAACAUCCACUGCAUCGAGGAUUUCCACAAGAAAUUUGCACCGAGAUGUUCAGUGUGUAAGGAACCCAUCAUGCCAGCCCCAGGACAAGAGGAGACCGUGCGCAUUGUCGCUCUGGACCGUGACUUCCAUGUCCAGUGCUACCGAUGUGAGGACUGUGGUGGCCUCCUGUCUGAAGGGGACAAUCAGGGCUGUUAUCCUCUGGAUGGGCACAUCCUUUGCAAGACCUGCAACUCUGCUCGGAUCCAGGCUCUGACUGCCAAGGCCAGCACAGAUCUCUGA